UCAAAAAUACUUUAUUGAUCUCAGAGGGAAAAUAGUUUAGUAAGGACCGUUUUCCUGAUAUAGAAAUAUAAAAUUAAGACCAGAAUAACCAUCGGUUUUCAAUAUCUAUUUGAAAAACUAAAAAAUGACCAAAAAGCAAACAAAUCUAUGGAGUUCAGCUGAGAUGUUUUUAUAAACRCAUGUAGCCGUCUGAUGUCACGUGACCUUGUUGCCAUGGCAGCACCUCGUGUUGAUGUUCUGACAGGACUGAGAGGAAACAGAUGAGAUAAAAACAGAUAAAACGGGUAAAAAUCAGAGGUUUGUUGUGUUUUUAAACCAACCUGCUGCUGUGGAGCCACCGGUGUAAAACCAUGCCGCCGAAGACUAAACAGAAGAAAGGCAGGAAAGGGAAGCUGUCAGAGGAGACGGACCGCUUUACCACCGAGGAAAUGUCAAAGGAUCAG